AAGUUUGCUGUUCCGAACGCAACGUUGUUUUGGUGUUUGGAAACGCACAAUUUGACACUAAAUGCAACUAUAUAAAAGGUUCAACAGUUUGUGCUUCGCGUCGUUGCGCUGCCCACACUGCAGGGUUCAAGUGGAAUGUUUUUUCUAUUUGUUUUGUGCUUUUGGCCAUAGUCUCGUUUUGUCCAUCCUUAUGUCACAGUAUUACUGAGCUGCUAUAGACUGUAGAGAGAAUUGCAUCAAUUUGUCUCGACUGUGAGUUUAAGAACCUUGAAAGAUUUGGUCCAAUUUCACCCAGGCUGAACCCCCAUUUUCGCUUGCAUCAUGUCCAAGUAUUGUUUUCCCCAAUUCAACAUUUGGAGAAAACUGCACGUUUUGCUCUCCCACCCUGUGGCGAGUUGGAUGCCUGAAGCAAGAUCCCCUGAGAUUAUUGGUCAACCACGCCCUUCACCGACAAAGCGUCGGACUUUGCUCAGGCUGUUAAAUUUUGUGUAAGGCUUCAGGCUUUGAAGACUUCUGAAACGGACGUACCUUUUGCCACAAGGAUAUACAAGUACAAGAGUGUGGGCUUGCAGUUCUCAAUCGGUUGAGAUUUAUGCAGUACGAAAACAUAUGAAACCAAUUGCAUGCAUGCAAGGUUAUUCAAACUUCGUGGGUGUUCGCAACCUUCUUGCAUUGGGCUCUUUUGUCAGUCUUUCAGUUUCGGUUUUCAUUGUGUACGUGUUGAAGCAGCCAUUCAAGGUGAGGUCUCGAUUGGUGGUGAAGGGCUCGCAUGUGAUCGCUCGCGCAAGUACAUGAUUGUUUGGCAUCCGCACGGCUUCAUCACCUGGGUUCCUUUCUUCAUAGCAGGCAGGUAUGCGUUGGAUGCUCAGCCCUGUGGUGAGCAUUGGUUUCCCGUAGUGGCGCCCGUGCUUUUCCGGGUUCCUAUUUUCAGUGAGAUGUUGAUCAUUCUGGGUGCUCGUCGAGUGGACAAAAAGGUGAUUGACAAGAUGCUCGCAAGGGGUGACAGCAUUGCUAUACAGCCUGGUGGAGUGAAGGAACAGGCCCAAUCCAGCGAGAAGCAAGAGCAAGCCUUCUUCCCUGCAAGACUGGGAUUCGUUCGCAUGGCAAUCAGGCAUGGUGUGGACUUGCUGCCGGCCUAUUUCUUUGGUGAGAAUCAGCUCUACAAGAAAGUUGAAGGCUUUGAGUGGCUAUCCAAGCUAAUUAACAAGACAACAGGAAUGACGCUUCCCAUUGUCACUUCUCGCUUUGGCAUUCCCAUGGGCGGGUUGCUUCCUAUCCCGACGCCUAUACAUACACGCUAUGGCCGCCCUGUGCCCGUCGGACCUCCAGAACCAGAUCCGAGCGACGAGAGGGUGGAGGAGGUGUUUUUGAAAUAUUUGGCCGAGCUUCGUAGACUCUUCGACGAGCAUGCAAAAGACUGUCUGCCAUAUGACGUCGCCCAACGGGGACUUCGAAUUGUACGUUUGGAUGGCAAACCAGUGCCAGAAGACAUCCGCUGAUUUCAAGUCCUGGCCGCAAGAACUGACACAUCUCGCCUGGUGUCUGUUUCUUUAGGACAGAGCACCACUAUAUACUGCAGAUUUGUGUGUCAACAAGUUGCAACGUUUGCACGGGUUUCGUUCGAGGUAGCAAGCUGACUAACUACGUCGGCCUGCAAAGGCUUUAAUAUUGGUUUCACUCUGUAAAGAGUAUGUGGCCCUGCAGCUGGAUUCCUUGCAGCGAAAAGUGUUUGGUGUGCCAAGCAUCAGCAGAUGUAAAGGAAGAGCUGCCCGUGCACUUUGACAGUUGAUCAAUGGCGGCCGCUGCAGCUGUGAGCGUUUAACCAAAAGACAUCAAAGGAUCAGC